AAGUCCCAGACUCCCCCGCGUUGUAGCGGGGCGAUGGCGGCCGCAGGGCAGCUGCGGCUGUGGGGAGUGCGCUGCUGCACGUGGGGGGCGCCGGGCGCCUGGACCCAUCUCAGUGGCGCGCGCGGCUUGGCGGGCCCGGCGUUCCACCUGGACACGCACGUGCACCGGGACCUACUGCUGUUCCGGCACGAGCGCGGCCGCUUCUUCCGCCUGCUCGGGCUCUUCUGCGCGGGGCAGUUCGUGUUCUGGGCGUACCUGGCGCACUUCGCCUUCAGCGCGCUGCGGCCCACGGGGCGGCCCGCGCCCGCCGGGGUCCUGCUCAACCCGACCUCCAACAAGUGGCGCUACGGAUUCACCGUCUCCUGCCUCACCGUGGGUUCGCUGAUCGUGGCUGCCGGCUUCAUGUACUCACGCCGCUCUGUGUGGCAGGUGGGGCUGCGGCAGGGAGGACGUGACGUGACUCUCAGUACCUACUACCCCUUUGGGCUGAGCUCGUCUUUCACAGUGCCCCUGCGCCAGAUCUCCUGCAUGGCCCAUCGUUCGGAGGUGCCUGCCAUGAUUCCCCUCAAGGUCCAAGGGCGACCCUUUUACUUCCUGCUGGACAAGCAGGGCCAGAUCUACAACCCCCAGCUCUUUGACGUUACUGUGGGAGCUUACAGGAAGCUGUGAUGGGGAAAUGAAGGUGCUACCCACAGCUGGAAGAUCCUGGGAUUUCUGGACAGUUGGAGAGGAGACCCCAGAUGGUGGGCAUUGGACAGAUUCACUCCUCCUCUGCCAACCUUCUUCCUUUCCCCAGGGACAACAGGGCCCAGCGCCUUUGAUGGUGUGCUUUUGAAAUAAAAGUGAAAGUGUGGAGUA